CUCUCUCUCUCUAUAGCGCAAGGAUCAGCUGAUGGCCCACCGAAGCUUCAAGCGCAGGCAGUAAUUAGAGACGGGCGAGUUUGCUAAAUAAUACCACCGAACUAUUAAACAAUAAUUUCGCCAUUCUUUAACAUUAAUGUAAUCCUCCUCCUCCUCCUCUUCCUCCGUUACAUUCCUUCGCUUCUUCUCCAAAUCCCCCUGCAAAAAAAGGAAGUCGAAAUCCGGUUCUUGGUCCUGUGUUUGGAAGAACCCAUUUCUCGCCUCGGCCUCCAGCAUUCGAAUCCCGCGAUCUUGGAUCCGUCGCUCGCUGUUCUGAGCACCAAGUUGAGUUUUUUUGUUUUUUUUUUUGGGAAAUAGCUUUGAGAUCUGAGGAAUUGAAGCGAGUUUUAGCUCGGUUGGAUCGUCUGGGUCGUCGGGCUAGAUUCCUCUCAUGGGGUGGAGAUACAGGGCCGGUUUGCUUCUUAUAGCUGCGGUGGUAAUCAUCUGGGUCACCUCUGCCGAAGUCACCCAGGAUAUUUUUACAGAUUACAAACAGCCAUUUGCAGUGACAUAUCUUGGAGCUUCUCUUAUGGUAGUUUACCUCCCAAUAGCAUAUCUCAAGGACUGGUUAUGUAAAUUACUUAGACAGCGCAAUUCAAAAGGUGACAAACAUGCAGAAAGCACGGGUGAAACUUCUGCUGGAUCUAGUCCUUCCCUAAAAUACAUUGGCGUGCAGAAUGUGUUCGAAGUUGAAUCGGCUUUGGCCAGAAAAGAUAGUGAAGCUGAUCUCUCAUCUAAUGGAGAAACAAGUCCAUUGGUAUCUAAAAGAAAAGAUGAUAGGAAAAGGGGGUUAACAACAAGGGAGAUUGCUAUCUGCGGAUGUUACAUUGCCCCUAUCUGGUUUGUAACAGAGUAUUUAUCAAAUGCGGCCCUUGCAAGAACAAGUGUUGCUAGUACGACUGUACUAUCGUCCACUUCAGGUCUUUUCACUCUGUUCAUCGGCGUUCUUUUGGGCCAAGAUUCUUUAAAUGUCAAAGUUGUUGCAGUCUUCGUCAGCAUGGCAGGUGUUGUCAUGACAACUCUUGGGAAAACUUGGGCAGCUGAUGACUCCAAAUUUAACACUUCUUCAAAUGGGAAGCGCUCUCUUGUUGGGGAUCUCUUUGGCUUGCUUUCAGCUAUGUCAUAUGGGCUAUUCACAGUACUUCUCAAGAAGUUUGCUGGUGAAGAAGGGGAGGGAGCUGAUGUGCAAAAGUUGUUUGGAUACAUUGGAUUGUUUACCCUUGUAGCUCUAUGGUGGCUAGUAUGGCCAUUGACAGCAUUAGGGAUAGAGCCUAAGUUCACAAUUCCUCAUUCUGUAAAAAUGGAUGAGGUUGUUCUUGCCAAUGGCUUGGUUGGAAGUGUCCUUUCCGACUAUUUCUGGGCAUUAUGUGUUGUAUGGACAACACCAUUAGUGGCUACACUAGGGAUGUCUCUUACCAUACCACUGGCAAUGUUGGCUGACAUGGUGAUCCAUGGUCGUCAUUAUUCCGCAAUUUACAUCCUCGGCUCAACUCAGGUAUUUGUAGGAUUUGUGAUAGCGAAUCUUUCAGGCUGGUUCUCAAAGAAAUUGGGUUUGUAGCACCGGAGAAACAUGGAUAAUAUGGCUGUAUUGUCCAUUUAGCUCUUCCAGUGCACUAAUCAUGCACUCGGUAUCGUUUUGAGGAUACUUAUAGACAUGCAGGCUUAUAUGGAAGGUAAAGUAGAUGUUUUUAUGUUUGUCAUUGAUAGUGAUUUGUAAAUGGGAAAAGUGUAAGUUUGUGUUCCCAUAUCUGGUUUGGGUAUUGAGCCCUUGAUGUAAUAAACCUCUCUCUAUACACACGUCUACACACACAAGAAAUUCUUUGGUUUUUUUAGUUGAUGCACGCAAUCUCAAUUUGCAAAUUACUGUUUUCAAUUUA